AUGGCAACGUCAGGCACGUUUCUGGCGGACUCGCCUUCCAACAACAAUGCCAUUGAAUCUGACGAUAUGGAGGAUCCCCAUGACCUCUCCUUCUCCUCCAACCAUAUUCUUCGGGCAUCUAUGGUGGACAAUCUGGUCAUGUCACUGGACCAAUUUUCUAUCAAUGCCAUGGACGAAGCACCAUAUACCCCGCCGAAUAGAAACUAUGAUACUGGCACAAGAGCACGGAGAAGGGGGCACACAUUCUCUUCUUCGCUUUCCUCGGAGGCGGACAUGCAGGACAUGAGGGCGGUACUACAAGCUCCAGAGACUGUCCCUCGCAUCCCUGGGCGGAACAGCUUGAGAUUUCAGAAGAAUCUACAACGACUCCCGAGCAUUUUCGGAGAGGAUGAAGAAUCGGUGCGCUCAAGGGUGUACGAUGCACAGCGCGCGGCUCAGCCUGGGCAUCAUAGAAAGAAGAAGCAUACAACUAAAGGCGGCAAAAGCCCAGCCAGCAGUGCGUCGUCCAGUAUUGAUCUUGGGCACCUGGCCAGUCUGUCUGGUCGGGUAGGUGGAGUGGGGGACAGACGUUCAAGGAGUUUUGAUUUUGGCUCCGGACAACGAGAGAUGCGCGUCUCAAGAAACCUCGUGCCUACCACUGGUGCACCGAUGCCGGUCAUAUCUCAAGGGUCAGAUUCUCAAAAUGGUCCACCGGUGAACACUUCUGCUCCGCCUCUCGUACGGAAAAAUAGCACCAAAUCUUCCAAAAGCACGUAUGCGAAGAAAGGCCGGCCCGGAGCUUUGGGGACCAAUGCAGUGAGGCCGAACAAUGAAUUCGUUCCGCCACUGCCGUCCAUGAGAAGCGUUCCCGCUCUCAAUCAUGCAGUGCACGAGCAGAAGCCGGGUUUGCAAGAUUUCGCAGCCGUCCCUCGGCCUGGUUUUUUUCGUCGUGUCUUUGGCUCCUCCAGAAAUCCCAGUGCGAGUGCGGAUAUUCACACACCCAAUACCCUCAGCAAACCACCACCGGGUCGGUCGACCCCGGUUCAGGACGAGACGCCGCGUCCGUCCACGCCGCCGGCUAGAAUUCCAAAACCGGCCCGUCAGCAAUCAACUGAUAACUCGGCCAACAAGGAAAAUCAACCCGUGGUGUCUAAGAAGAGUUCUACUUUCUUCCGUCGGAGGAAGAAGUCUAUCUCGGCCAGCAUCCCUCCGCCUCUGCCAUUGACCCUGAAUUCCGAGCUCAAGUCGGAUCCAGCACCUGUUGAUGGAAACAGCCCAGUUAGCAGUCUGAGAGCGUUCAUGGAUCCGUACCUGGUCGAAAGCCCAGUGCGUUCCGCAGGUCACGUUCGGACAAGCUCGAUGCAAGGAUUCCAUACCCCGACGUUUCCACCUCCUGCUUUUGGCCUACCAAGAGACGCGUCCAACCGGCCGAAGGGAGUCGGGCACCGUCGAAACCAGUCGCAUACCAGCAAUAGAACCUUGAAAUCGCAUACGAAGCAACUGUCCAACCUUCACAUCCCUCACCAGGACUCUUUCCUAGCAGAUAGCAGCAGCGCAGAGGAGCCCUCAAAGCGCUCCCCUUUCGAAGGAAGCCAACACUCCGAUGGAGAGCAACGUGACUUGCGAGUUCGUCGGAGCGUCAAUGACCUAAACCUCGAGCGUCCAAUCUCGUUAAGCGCGUUGCCCAACAUGUCUAUAGAUCCAAGGGGAAAACCAACACGAGAUCUGUCUUGGAAGUCGGAGAAAGUCUCUCCAACUCCUGCCCUUGUCGCAAACCCGCCGGCUACUGCUGCUGGUACGGAGCAUAUGAACAGACCUAGUCGCACCGCCAGACAAAUGAAACCGUUGGAGGCAGACCGAAUCGGAUCCAAGGGCACUCCAUUUGCUUCUACGUCUGAUGUCAGCGAGUAUCGGUCGGCCCCUACGACACCUCUAGUGGCUGAGGUUCAAGCCGGCGAUCAAGCCGGGUCGGCAUCCUCCCUUGCUCCACGGUUCGAUCAAUUCCAGACACUGAAUGAUGACUACAGGCAGAAGGCGCAACAGAUCUUCAACAAUGCCGAAGACGAAAUCGAUUCCUCAAGUGCCGGAGCGUGGCUGGGAGAGGCUGGCACUGAACGCGAACAUGUCCGAAAAGCAUACAUGGAGCUCUUCGACUGGUCCGAUCAAAACAUCCUCGAUGCGUUCCGAGGUCUAUGCGAUCGCAUCGCGCUCAAAGGCGAGACACAGCAGAUAGAUCGAGUUGUGGAUGCAUUUGCACAGCGAUGGUGCGAAUGCAAUACCUCACACAUGUUCAAAUCAAGUGAUGUCGUCCAUACAAUUUGCUAUUCGAUUCUCCUACUGAAUACGGAUCUCCAUCUGGCCGACAUUGGCCAGAAGAUGACCAGGACUCAGUUUGUUCGGAAUACUCUUCCAACUGUCAAAUUGGUGGCUCAGGGGUCAGAAGCAGACAAGACUUUACGCGGCCAUUCCACCACUCGUUCGGACUGGUCGUCCACAGACGCCCCGGGUGACGUUGUCCGACAGGCGAAGGAGUCGGUGAACGGGCCAAAUCAUGACGAGCGGCGAAUUUCCGAGUCAACCAUUUCCAACACCGAGUCGCCAGCACAAGGCGGACCGAGCAGGGCCUGGGAACAACAGAUGGACUCGGUGCUUAGAUCCUUCUACAACUCCAUCUACCAGGAGCCCUUGCCUCUGUCUGGCGCUCAGAACGAUGCACUGGGACAGUUCACCCAGUCAAACAACUUUUUGACCGUCGGAUCGAACAUGCUGCGGCGGACUCCUAGCGUGCUGAGUAAAGCACAUUCCGACACCCAUCGUGGGCGUCUCGCUGGAGAAAGCAGAUCCCUGGGCGCUCGAUGGAUGACAAAAACGAGGUCGAGGCCUCGCCUGGCGUCAGCAGCAGGGUUAGGCUCUAGCAGAACCAGUAUAGACGAGCAAUCCACUUGGAGUCCGUCAAUGUCAAGCACGUGGAGCAAAGCUUCGCUGGGAAAGACGCUCACCUCUAUGUCAGUCGACUCUUUCGGCACCGAGGCGGCCCCCGGCGAUUACCAGUCUUCGAUCGGAUUUGCAAAUGCUCUCAGUCAAGCCAUCAUCCGCGAGGACCAGUUGGACUUCCCCAUUGACGACGGUCCAAAAGCCGGUUCGCUGCUUGAGGAUGAGUCUCUUGAACUUUGUGGCGCGCCCUGGGCGAAGGAAGGUAUUGUAAAACACAAAUGCCACCUAGAAGGGGUGGAUAAAAGAUCCAAAGACCGGAAUUGGACCGACUGCUUUGCAGUGAUCGAGAGAGGAUGGAUGCGACUGUUUUCUUUUUCCCCCACUGCAAAGUCUCUGAGACACAAGGCGCGAAACCAUAAAGCCGGAGCCGUUGUUGGUGGUGGGAAUUGGCAAGAUAACGCUGAAGAGGUCUGGAAGUUCAUGCUUCGACACACGAUUGCAAGCUCAUUACCCCCACCCGGCUACUCCAAAGCGCGACCGUAUGUGUGGGCUUUGAGUCUCCCCACCGGGGCUGUGCACCUCUUCUCUGUAGGAACCCCAGACAUUGUCAAGGAGUUUGUGUCCAGCGCAAACUUCUGGAGCGCCAGGCUGUCAAAGGAGCCCAUGAUGGGAGGCGUCAGCAACAUGGAAUAUGGCUGGAGCGACGCCGUUGUCAACCGAGCCUUGAUCUCAUCAGACUCUUCAGGUGCGGUUAUUAACUCAACCAGUCCGCGACCCAGCACACAAAUGUCCAUGCGAAGCUCCUUGGACUACGUUGGUGGUGGCCGAGCCAAGCUACCUGGGGACAGGGCACACAUCAGCGAGUGGGCGCCUCCCCAGCAAUCCAUGUUUGCCUCUCAGCUGAUGGAGGUCGACCAGCUGAAGGCUUUACAGACGUACGUGAGCAAUGUGGAGGAUGAAUUGCAAAAGCACAAUGAGCUCCGAGGGCCAAUGCUGCUGGCAUUUUCUUCCAAGCAUCCCAACUCGACCAAAGCUAUGAACAAUUGGGAGAAGAAGAGCAGUUACCUUCUCCGGGAGAUUGUCAAGUUUCGCACCUAUAUUGACGCGCUUCAGAAUGCCCAGGCGACGAAAGAGCGGGUCUACCAGUUGCGGAGGAACGAGGGCGAGGCUCGCAGGGCUGAAAUGGACACACGGGUGUAG